AUGGUGUUUCGUGUUGAGGAGUCAAUUGCCGCUGUGUGUGCGCCCUCUCCUAACGCACAGGCAGAUCUGCUCGUCUGCCAGGCCGUGUUCGAGUCAAGCCGAUACCUCGUCUACGCCUCCGACUCGCAGUUGUCCAAAUUCGAACUGUGGCAGGUCUGGAACGCACAAGACGCUGUCCGAUGCGUGCGCUUCAACUCUAGCAAAAAAGCAGCACGUGGUGCGCUGGCAUUGUGUAUCGAUGAGGGCCGUGGUGUUCUACUAAUGCCCGCUAGCGCCACAUCUAGCAGGGCAGCGGCUAUGGCGGAGGUCUCCAGAGCUUCGACACUGGAUGACCGCACAGGACCAAGGUUGGCCUCUUUAGCUUCAGGUAGUGAUAUGAUCCCGAGAUCCGACUACGUGAAGGCUCAUUUAUAUCUUCAUCUGCCUCGAUGGGCCGAAUCUGUGCGCUGGAAAUGUGACGACCGCCUAUUAAACCACUUGGAAUGGGUGGAAAGUGGAGACGACCUUUUUUUAAUUGGAGCUGGAGAAAAGUUGUCCAUUUGGAAGCUCGUGGAUGACUCGGUACAGGUUUAUUUGCAACGCACAGUCACAUUAUCAGGAGGUGGAGGACCUGGCGUGGACCUGAUCCUAUCAGUUGAACCGGUUUGUCACUUUGAUGUGGCUCCAAGUGGGAGAUUCGCCGCUACGGCCGGUAAACAUGACAGAAUCGUGAAGGUGUGGGAUCUGGGGGAGCUAUCGCCGCACGAGGGCGCUCCGAUGUCGAUGUUUCUUGCACAUACCCGAGCUCUAGUGUCAAUGACGUGGUCGAAGGACGUAAAUGUUUACAACGCGCGAUCAACUGUAGCUGCGACGACAGGAGCUUGUGAGAUGUUGUUCACACUUGAUCGAGCAGGUAACAUUUCUAUUUGGAGGAAAAAUGUUGCUCCACACCGUUCCUUUGUGUUGUGGAAGCACUUUUCUGCUGCGGAUUUCUGCGUGUCGUCGCUUGAUGAGGAUGACAGUUUAGAGAGUCGUAUCCGAGUAUUCGGCUUGGUGAAUCACUAUUGGUCGCGAGAAUCAUCCAAGACCGUGUCGUCGAUAAAUGAAGCGUUAUUGAGCGAAAGCACAGUGACGGACGCACUAUGUCUAUUCCACUACGGCUAUGGGUCGCUAAACGAAGCACGUCGGAAUGAAUUGGUUAGUCAGCGCAUGGAUAGUAUUACUCAAAUGAAUACUAAGCUAUUAGGCGAUCGGAGCGGUGCGCUGGCAGAUACUUCUGUGGGAGAAGCUAUUAUUUGUGGAAACGUAGCGUUGGAGAAAUCGUUUGUGGUGAAUUUACUCUACGGGGUGCUUGAUAAUGGCGACUUGUGCCUCUAUCGUGAAGAGGCAGCUCCCUUCACGGGUUCAUCUCCUAAGUUGUCGCUUCUUCUCAGUUAUAAUGGACUUCGCGAACAUCUUGUUGACGCACAUGUGUACAGUGUCAGCUCGUCUGAUUACCAAGCCAGUGGCUCAGCAGGAUUCUUUGUGGAGGUAUUGUUUCAGCAGAAGAAAGCUGAAAGCUGUCUGCAUUAUGCGAGACUAAAGCUUGAAGUCAAAAGCACUUCUGGGAGAACCCGCAGGGGCUCUAUCUCCUAUUCAGUUCAGAACUGUGAAGUCUGCGCUGUAUGCCGUAGCAUGAUGAGCGAGUUGGCCGUGAAGAUUGCUAUGACAAACAUGGGCGGACGACUUAACGUCUUUCUGGCAAGCGGGUCGUUGCGGAGGCUCGACGUCGCUUUUCGCUCGAGAAUCGCCGACGCUGUUGGCCCCGUCACACACACAGCUUUGUUCGAAGAGCGGGGAGCACUGUAUCUGCUUAUCGGUGGGAAGCUGCACGCUGCAAUGUCCUCGUUUUCGAUUGCGGCGCAUGAUGAGCUGACACUUACAGCAUGCUAUAUGGAUGAAAGUAACGAUUUCGAAGAGCUGGAUGAGUUGAUUUCCGUGGGAGUUCCCGAAUCUGUUAAGAGCGAGUGGUCAAACAGUUCGUCAUUCUUCACGCAACCAUCGACGAGCAACCCCACGAAGGAUUACAGUAUGGUUGUUGGUGCUCAUAAAGGAGGAAGAAGACUCACUAUUUGGGUUUUCUCGUUCGGCAUAUCAAGUGUUGGGUCGGGAGCUUCCUCUGUCCAGCUAUUUCGAAAAACGACAGUCGACUUACCUGGAACCAGGUUACUGAGUAUCGCUAGCGUCCCGCUGGUGAACUUGUUUGCAGUCACAUUUGCUAGCUUUGACACGGACUCGCAGCUGACCUUAUGGACAUUUACCGACCUCGACAACUUACUUGAAGUGAAAGCUGCUCACCGAGUCGACACUGGCGCAUUAAUGAGAAUGGCCAGCCAGGCACAAAGGUCGCACAUGGAGUUUCAUCUCACUGAAGAACAGUUCGUAUUCAAGCAUUUCAGCUUCAGCUGGUGCGGACGAGUGGCUAUUUUGUUUGAAGGAGGUAAAAGUGAAGCUGACGAUAAGAUUUGCUUCUUGCCUGCUCUGGAGAGCUCCUCGGAAGGACUUGUAGAGGUCCCACGCAAGCAAUUUGGCCAAGUAAUGUCGCUGGAGUGGACUCCACCGGUAACGCCAGAGCGGGACUGCGAGCUUCUUUUCUUAUCGUCUACAACCAUUGGCAUGCUGAAGUUCGAUUGCACACUGCCAAGAAACAAGUGGAGUAUCGCCUGGUCGUCCAGUCGCUUAAGUGUGCGACCCGAAAACAUCUCGUCACUGUCAAGUUAUCCCUACGGACUCCUCCGUGUCGGAUCCAGUGUAGCUCAUCUCAACCUACGAGAUAUUGAUGGAGCUGGAUCGUCAUCACUGUACCUCCCAUUUGCAUCGUCAGUGAACCCUCGUGGACAGCCCUUCAGCUCUCAGCCACCUUCAAAAGCAUUUCCGGCGUACCAUCCAAUCACGCUGAUGUACCUGCUUGCUCGUGGGUCAUUUGAGACACUUGAGAGAAUUCUUGAGUAUGUGAAGGUAAAAAUUGUGGAGCACGAAGAAACAUGCUAUCUACGAAUGUCGGACGACUCGGUGCUGCGAAGUCUGCCUUUGCUCUCAUUGUCAAAGUUGCUUGGAGACCCUACGUCCACUGGAAGCACGACUGACGAGCGAUCGGAUGUCUACCUGAGAGGAAAGGGAUACAAGGCGACUAGCGAUCUAUUUGCGAUGGACUUUGGGGCGUCUCGUCGAUAUGGAGCUACUGCAGGUGGUGCGGAUCGUGCAGACAUGCUGUUUGCUCCUCAAACUUCAGCUUUGGCCGAUUCAUCCGCCGGUCAAACCACCGAAACAUCGACGUCGAAGCUGGAAACGGACGAUUUCUCCAAGUUCUUUAGUGAACACAAAGGUUCUUUGACGUUUAUGACGCCUCAGGAAUCGGAGGGUUUUCUCACGAUCGUUGCUGGUAUCAAGAAGACCAUAAGCUGGGAGCGUGACAGCAGUCGUCAGAAAGACGAAGCUGCUCUUCGUUUUCAUGCGUCUUUGUUAUGGCCAGCCAGGGCUGGACUAUGCUCGGCACAAGUCGCUUGGGGAGCGCUCAGUGACUUCCAGCCAGAGCUACUUCAGGAAUGCUUCCCGACUGGAACAAUGAGCUGGAAGGAGAUGAAGCAUUUGCGAUUGCCUUUCUGGCUAAAAAGCUCAGCUAAGCUUGUGCAAUUCACAGAGAAGGUGGCACAGGCUGAGUAUGCAGCUAACCGAGACCCGUUUGCGGUUGCUGUCUUCUAUGUACUCUUAGGCAAAACCACUCUGUUAGCGAGUCUGUUUAAAAUGGCUAGCGAGUCUCGAAUUUCUGAGCUUCUGAGGAACAACUUUGCAGACUUGCGCUGGAAGAAUGCUGCCAUCAAAAACGCCUAUGUGUUGAAGACGAAGCAGCGCUACGAGCUGUCGGCGGCGUUCUUUUUACUUGGCGGCAAAGUUACGGAAGCAGUCUCGGUGGCUGAGCAGGCUGAUGAGACCCUUGUUUUGUCGUUUUUAAUCGCUCGGAUUGCGGAAAGAUGGGACCUCGGAGGCCAGGAUAACUCAUCGAGCAGCUCUGGUGCGGCAGAUUUCUCACAAGCAUCUUUUAUGGGUCUUAAAUCUAAGAAUGUGUGUAUCGACUUCCUUAGCACCACCGUCUGGACAAAGGCUUCUGAAUGUGGAGAUGUGUACAUGUGCUUCCUAGUGAAGUAUUCCCUGGGGGAGACCAGCACCGCCAUCGAUAUCUUGAUGACACCACCGAUUACGUACUGGUCAGCAUUCGGGAAAAGUCUUCUUGGCGCCUGCGAUCUACUGCGCUUUCUUCGAAAGACUAUUGUGCCGAUGAAGCUCGCGUUGAAGGAGAAAAUUAUAAGGCUGAACACUUCCGCCGUGCUUCGUAUGCAAGAUGCGGGUCUUGGAAUUCCAGCGCUCAUUCACCAGCGUGACGUCGCUUCCUUCGUGCAAGAUUUCCGUCGAGAACGCGCUACAAGCUCCGCUGCAACGGCAUUUUUAGCUUGUCGUCAGCGCAUCUUGGUGGCAGCCAUCGGAAAUCAAGUGGACUUCCUGUAUGCCACGUUCUUGAAGUCAAUGCGCGAAGCAAUGACAACUCCUGCCAGCUUAGCGCCCAGUACACGAUUUGAUCUCGAAGAGCGACUGAACGAAGAGAUUCAAUGCAUUGUACGCCAUGGAGGUGAUUAUGCUUUACCAGGGGUACCAGAAACGAGCAAAGAGAGCUUGGAACACAGGGUUCAGACCGCUGUAGUGGACUCGCUGGUUCACUCUGGUCGUCUUGCUGCAUUGGAUUUCUUGGUCUCUGGGUGGAGUCGUUCUGAGGGUUCAUCACCAAAAUUUGCCUUUACUAGUCCGCUGCCUCGUUUUAUUGAAGUCAUCACGGAGGGAGUCGCUACGGUAGCGUCGGGAGAUCUCAUCUCUGCUGCCGCGGACUCUUUACACACCCGGAAAGUGGAUCAAACGUGCUCAAACUUGUUAGCUAUGGCGACGCGUCUGCUGCUUUGGCUGCAGUAUUAUUAUCUGAAGCCAGCGAAGCAAAGAGCGACGCUACCGAACCGCGAAUUUGUACGCGUAGCAGUUGCAGCGGUCCACAGCGUCAUCUGCAUCUGCUGUCGCUAUCUGAAGAACGCGUGUUGUCUGUACCGUGUGCUUCGUCUCAUCUUCCCACACAAGGACGGAUUGUCUUCCAGCUCUGAGGGGAUGCUGAAUGAUAUUGCCGGCGGGAAUUUAUGUGUAACUUGCACUUCUCUUCGCCGCCCAAGCACGACCCCCACUUCCACUCUAGGAGCGUCAUCGCUCCAGCAAGACAUUCCAGUGCUGUACCAGGCCGUGUGUAUGCUACAGACGGAGCUGGAUGAGUUUACGGCUGCAGUGAAGACGAACAGACUCCAUCACCCGAUACCAACACGCGAUUUUGAGCCCCCACUCUUCUCGUAUUGUUCGUACUGGGGCUUGGUUCUCAUGAUGGCCGCCGACGCCAUGCCAGCUCACAUCUCUAGAAUUGCGGGGCAAGACGUCAUCGCCACCGCAGAGCUGUCCAAGAAACUAGUUGAAGCUUGGAAAAGCUAUAGCAACCGACUCGCUGCAUUUGCCUUGAAGCAUCUGCUGUGCGACUUGGCUAGCUUUUUCUUCAGUCCGUUCUCGUUUUCGCACGGGACGUCAAGCCCAGCUUCCCAAAGUUCGCCUCGAGGGCCAGCCUCUCCAAGUCGUAGUGGUGCUGCGAGUAGCCCUCGCGCAUUCCUCGUCGACGGUCCGGGAUCUCCUCCAUCGCCACAACGAGUGAACAGAAGACAAUUGCUGAAAUGUGAAUGCGAGAGUUGUCCAUGGCUUCUCCUCGUGGAGCUUUUCACCGACAAGAACGAGCUUCUGCUUCGCUUGAAUGCACAACUAGAGUGUUGUAGUGAGAAAAUUGACGAGGCAGUUCGGUGGGGACGACUGCCAGAGCCUGCUUCACGGAAAUCCGCCUUAACCCGCUCGCAGAAGCUGCUUCUAUCGACUGUCGCUGAAAGUGCGUCGACGUUUUCGCGCGCCACUAACCUGACAGACCAGCUUAAGCGACGAAUGGCGUCCAUGCCCACGGCAGCGGCUGUGCACGUGCAGUGCGUGUAUCGCAGCGAGACCAACAUCAAAGCGAUGUGCUUUAACCGUGCCGCUGGUGAAGACGCGGAAGUGAGUGUGUGCAGCAGUAAAGGCAUCUUCCGUGCUAGCUGUAUGGACUACGCCGACGGCAGUCGAUUCCAGUUCAAGGGCAUGUACGCGUCACCACAAACGUCAUUUUUCUCUACUGACGUUCUGGCCACUCGUAACAUUGGACCUCCAUCACCUCUACGAAACCCAGCGCAUCUACUAUCCUCCCCGUUGGACCCCAAGAUGGCGAGUUUUAAGCCUACUGCAGUAGCUUCUCAUCCGUUCUUGCCACUGUUUGUGUCGGGGAAUCACAAAGGCCGUGUGCAUUUGUGGUCCUACGACCGUCUCAGCGCAAUUUGCGCGUUUCAAACCAAGGAUAUUCCGUUUCCAUCCAGUCCGUCGAUGUUAUCCGGUUGGCGAAGUGUGAAGGCGCUAGAAUUCGACAAUCUCGGCCAGCAGCUUGGCGCAGUGGAUGCCAUGGGGCAUUUGUUCAUGUGGAAGUUUUCUGAGCUAGAUCGAGCUCCAUAUUACCGCGAGAUCGUGUGUCAUGAUAAGGGCGCCAAGGGACUGGUAUUCCUCAACUCAAGCAGCACCCUCGCCACCGUUGGAACUUCAUCCGAGAAGAGAAAUGUGUGCGUGUGGGAUACUCUGCUGCCGACUUCCAAGGCUCUUGUAUCGACCCCAGCCUGUCACCCAGCAGGCGCCACCUCAGUCGCGUUUUCGUCGACGCACCAAUUGCUCAUUACGGGAGGUGCAGGGGGCGCGUUGAGCAUUUUCGACAUGAGACAGCGUCGAGUUUUGCACACGAUCUCAAACGCACAUGAGACUCCGAUUAAGACGAUCGUAAUGCAUCCAAGCGGAGACUGUGUGCUGUCCGGGUCAGCCAGUGGUGACGUCAAGAUCUGGUCCUUGCCGAUAUUCCGGGAGGUCGCUUUUUUAAGCAAGGUACACCUCAAGCCUUCGUUCCUGGGCGACGCGGCCACGAACUUCCUUAGCGAUGCGGCGUCCAAUGUGGCAAUUAACGUGACAAAUUCUUCGUGGGGAGUGACCGAUGCUGUCGCCACGAAAGACGCAUUUUAUACGAGCGGCACGGAUGGGUCCAUCCAGCGUCUCAAAGUGCCUUCAUUGGGGACGCGUCUCUAA